AUGGACUACUUAUCACAAGAACGCGCACGUGGUAUCACUAUAACCUCUGCUGCAAUUACCUUUGCCUGGCGCAAUCACCGCAUAAACCUUAUAGAUACACCAGGUCAUGCCGAUUUUACCAUUGAAGUUGAGCGCAGUAUCCGUGUGCUCGACGGUGCUGUCACUAUCCUUGAUGGCGUUGCUGGCGUCGAAGCUCAAACACAAACUGUUUGGGCUCAAGCCGAUCGGUAUAACGUACCUCGCAUUGCAUACGUAAACAAGAUGGAUCGAGUUGGGGCCAGGUUUGGACGAACUGUCCGCCAGAUUGCCAAAAAGUUGCGGGCACAGGCGUUGGUUUGUCAGAUUCCUAUCAUGAAGAAAGAUGGGCGCGGAGAAAAUGUGUUUUGGGGUGCAGUGGAUUUGGUAGAGAUGGAGGUCUUGGAUUGGGAUCAGGAUGUCAAUGGUAAUAUUGUUGAGAGGAAAAAGUUAACCGAGGAUUAUGGUGAUAAGAAAGUUUACUAUGAAGCAGUGAAAGGGAGAAUGAACUUAGUUGAAGUGCUGUCUGAGAUGGAUGACAAUAUUUUAGAGAUCAUGCUUGCCGAAGAAGAUCAUAUGAAGGUAUCAGCCAAGGAAGUUAAACGUGCUUUGAGAAGAGUGACGAUAAGCGGUAAAGCCGUCCCUGUGUUUUGCGGGGCAUCUUUUCGAAACCGUGGCGUCCAGCCAGUGCUCGAUGCUAUUGUAGACUACUUGCCAUCGCCUCUUGACUGUGCGGCGCCUAUAGGAACUCUUGCAAGUGGGGAAAAUGUUGUAAUACCGCUAAAGGAGAAGGAGAGCUUAUGUGCACUUGCAUUCAAGGUUGUUCAUGAUCAUAGAAGAGGACCAUUGGUUUUUGUCCGUGUAUAUUCAGGUACUUUAAACAAUCGCAUGUCGCUUUAUAACACAAACACAAACACGAACGAGCGUGUAAACAAACUCUUACAGAUGCAUGCCAACGAUGCUGAAGAAAUCCAGUGCAUAACUGCCGGCAACAUUUGUGCGCUUGUCGGAUUAAAAUCCACUCGUACUGGUGACACUUUAAUUCAAUUUAACCAUUCUCAUAAAUCACUCCGCCUUCCUAGUAUAGAGAUACCUGCGCCUGUAUUUGUCUGUGCCGUUGAGCCGGCAACGGUAUCGGACGAGAAACCGUUACAGGAGGCACUGAAAAAUGUGUUAAGGGAAGAUCCAUCUUUGCAUGUCAUCAAUGACGAAGAGACCGGACAGACGUUGAUUAGUGGGAUGGGAGAGCUUCAUUUGGAAAUUGUCAGAGACAGGUUAUUAAAUGACUUCAAGGUUAGGGCAGAGAUCGGAAAGAUGCGAAUUUCGUAUAGGGAGAGUAUUAGCGAUAAGAAGAUUGAGCAUACCUGUUUAUAUGAUAAGGAAGUUAUGGGUAAACGAGCAAGAGCUCAGUUGUCGCUGAAUGUUAGCAGAUUACCAGAGGGUGAUUCUGGAAUAGCAGAAGAGGGAGGAAAUCGCAUUGAACUUGAUUUAUCGCAACAGUCUUCUCCUACACAAACGCCCUUACUUGCGCCAUCCCUCCCACCCGAAGACAUUGCAACUUCAAUUCGCAGCGGUCUUGUUUCUGCAUUAUACCGUGGCCCACUUCUCAGCUUUCCAUUGAUAAAUCUUCGCGUCAAGGUUCAUUCGUUGUGCCUUUUUGGUACCGAAUCAUCCAAGACAGCUCUUGGUGCGUGUGCCUCCCUUGCUUUAUCUCAAGCUCUCAAGCGCUCUAACUCUCUGCUACUCGAACCAUUAAUGAACAUUACCGUCGAGAUCCCCGAAGAGUAUCUCGGCGUAGUCGUUAGCGAUCUUAGCGGCAUUCGUCGUGGAGAUAUUCUAUCGCUCGAAACUGCAGGGCAAAGUGAUAUGAGUGAUGUAGAAGAAAGAGAGGUCUAUGCACCACCUGACGGGGUUUAUCAAAGUGAUGAUUACGUUGAUGUACAAAAGCCGAGGAGAGUAAUUUAUGCCAGAGUACCGUUGGAAAAGAUGUUAGGAUACGGAAGUGCGUUGAGGGGUUUAACGGCUGGUACCGGCAGUUUUGUUAUGCAGGUUUACAAAUUUGGAGUCAUGAGCGAGGAUCGGAUGCGAAUGGUUGUUAGUGAAUUGAGGGGAGGAUUGUAG